CGCUAAUUCAGUCAACCCAAGUUGCAGACUUCGACUCCGACCAACUUUUUGCAUCUCCGUCAUACGUCACUGGCACUUCACCGAAGAUCCAAUUUUCUCCUUAUAAUCUCGAUUGCGGAUGUCAGUCUUUUAUAGCGCAAGUGUCCAGCACUCUGGAGAAAGGCUGUUUAAUCUGAAAAUGUAACUCCAGUGCAACUCUUUCCUGAGGACAUUUCCUUUGCCUUUUCAUCUCCCGGACCCGGGUUCAUCUCGCCGGAUCGAGAGGACCGUGGCACCCCUGAGCUCCCGGUGAGCUGGCAAGUCAAUCAUCGCAACGGACGCGGUGGAUGCGACGUGCCUGGAUGAGCUGAGGAGGCGCAGUGGACUUCCAAUCCAUCUCCAGGACUGGCUCUGACUGAGCCGGCGGUUUAGAUGACAAUCGUGGCAGUAACUGUCCAACCAUAGUUAAAUGAGACUUGCAAGAAUCUUCAUUCUUGAACUUGGUCUUGGAGGAAGCAGACAACCAGAAGAGUGAGAAGGAGAUUAUCAAAGAAACGACGUCAACACAAACAAAAUUGAAGUAAAGGGGAAAUAAAGGAAAUUAAUUUGGAAAAAAUCAAGUUCUAAUUCCAGAGUGUUUGCUGGUGUUCACUAUUGUCUUCCACUAUCAAAAGAAAAGGGGAACAAGCAUGAUGAUCCCUUUCAGAGUUCUACUCCACUACAGGACUGGACUUUUUAUUUUGAUUUCCAUCUUCAUUUUAGCGGUGCUCUUCCUCGAGUUCCAGGUGCAAGAUAUUCAUGAUGAACGAGAUAAACAACUUCGUGAUGCCCUUGACAACGGCCACAUGAGGCACCUGCAGAAGGUCCCGACCCCUCUGGUGGCGGACGAACUUCUCCAGCAGAAGCCGAUGUACCCCUUGAUAAUCUACAACCGGGUGCCCAAGACCGGCAGUACGUCCCUCACCAGCCUCCCCUACACCCUUUGUGAGACGCUCAGGUACCACGUCCUUCACAUCUGCACGGUGGAGCACACGCAAGUGUUGUCCGUCCAGGACCAGGUGAGUUUCACAGACCUUGACAGCAGAACCUUGGUCAUCACCUUGAGCCAGAAUCUUUGACAUUGACUACUGACACAGCAUGUUUUGCAUUAGUAUUUUACAAAGGGUUUGAGAGCAGACUAACCUUUUGUCAAAUACCCA